UGGAUCAGCUGUAGUGAAGCUCAGCCUCAGUCGGGACUUGGUCAGUCGUGAAUCGCCGCAGAAAUGUACGAGCUGGAAAAGGAGAAUUUGCGGCGCUUUAGCGCCUAUAUCACGAAGUUUUUACGACCGUCAGUCAUCAAGAACUUCAUGACGACAUACCUCGAGAAAGAGAUGGUGGAGAGCAUUCUCUCUACAGAGGAGAAGUCUGUGACCAUAGCUGCCCAGAUGCUGCUGGACAAGAUGUGUUAUCUAGAGGAAGUGGGCUGGUUUCAGGCCUUUCUGGACAUCCUGCUCGCCUCAGAGUACACCGGACUGCACAACGCCAUUAAAGAUUGGAAUUUCCAGGAGUUAGAGGACCUGAACAAACACAGGACAUAUCUAGAAAGGAUCGAACCGUCAAUCGUCAAGCACAUGAAGCCCAGCGAGCUGCUCGCGCACAUGAGCGACUGUCUGAGGCUCAGAGAGUGUGAGGAGAUCAAGGCGGAGGAGAGUCGGCGCGGUCCUAUAGCAGCCAGCGAGAAGCUUGUGGCGAGUCUCCUGCGCUCAGACAGACCCAACUGGUUUAAACUGCUGAAGAUUGCACUUGAAUCCUGCGAAUUAGAUGAGGCUCUAGAACUGCUGGAGAUGAAUGGAGGUGGUAAGGCUGAGAAGGCCAGCGGUUGGGACGGAGAGCCGGAGGCCAUGAUGACGACCGUGUGUUUUGCGUUCAGAGAGGAGGCUGAGACUGAAGACAUGCUGAUGAGCAGCAACGACACGGCCGUCACAGAGAAACCCGGCGGCUUCAGAGGGGAACCUGAGCGAUCAGGUGAGCGGAAGCUGAGAGAAUAUCAGAAGGAGCUGACCGCCGCCGCCGUCCAGGGCCAGAACACCAUCAUCUGCGCUCCCACAGGAUGUGGAAAAACUAUUGUGGCCUUGGCCAUCUGUGAAUAUCACCUGAAGCAGUUUCCCAAAAGAGCAAAGAUUGUGUUUUUGGCAACCAAGGUCGACGUCUAUGAACAGCAGUACAAACUUUUCAAGGAGCACUUUUCCUGCAAGGAUCCCAACGUCAGGGUGACGGGUUUGUGCGGUGAUAUGGAUCAGCUGUCGGUGCUUUGGCUCAUACAGAAUUAUGAUAUCGUGGUGAUGACGGCUCAGAUCCUGGUGAACGCCCUGCAGAGCGCUGAGGUGCCGUCCCUGGAUAUCCUGUCGCUCAUCCUGUUCGACGAGUGUCACAACACGACGGGAAAACACCCGUACAACAACAUCAUGACCCACUACCUGGACCGCAAAUUCAGUACUAGCACACAUUCACUGCCACAGAUUGUGGGCCUGACGGCGUCGGUUGGCAUCGGUUCAUUCAAGAACAGACUGGAGGCGGAGAACAACAUCUUACAGCUCUGUGCCAACCUGGACACCAGAGUCAUCACCACAGUCACCGAACACAAAGAUGAGCUCAAGUCAUACGUGCACACACCUGAGAAAGAAUUUUUUGAUGUUCGUGAGCGGCCGAGUGACCCCUUCAUCAGAAUAAUCAAAAACAUCAUGAGUAACAUCGAGCAGCUGGUGCAGAAGACCUACAACAUCGAGAGUCUGUCGAACAUCCAGAACCGUGAGUACGGCUCACAGAAAUACGAGCAGUGGAUCGUCUCCGUUCAGAAGAGCUGCAAAGUCUUACAGAUGAAGGACGCAGACGAGGAGAGACGGAUCUGCAGACAACUCUACAACUACACUGAACACCUGCGGAAAUAUAACGAUGCUCUGAUCAUCAAUGAAGACGCACGGACUAAAGAUGCGCUCGAUUAUCUGGACGCGUUCUUUGAUCAGGUCCGGAACGCCGGCUACGACGAGACCGAGAGGAAACUCACUGCUCUCUAUGACUGUCAGCGGCCGCAGUUACAGCGUUUGGCCACUGAGGGGGAGCAGAACCCUAAACUAGAUGAGCUCAGGUUCAUCCUGGAGGAAGAAUACCAAAAUAAUGAGCAGACCCGCACCGUCAUGUUCGUUAAGACACGCGCCCUCGCUGACGCUAUGAAGAAAUGGAUUGAUGAGACUGAUUCCCUGAAGUUCCUGAAGCCUGGAGUUCUGAUUGGAAAAAGACGAAAAUCCAACCUUACCGGCUCAGGAAUGACUCUGAACAAUAAGAAGGGGAUUCUGGACUCUUUUAAGAGCUCAGAUCAGAGCAAGAUGCUCAUCGCCACGUCGGUCGCUGAUGAAGGCAUCGAUAUCCCACAGUGCAACUUGGUUCUGAUGUAUGAAUAUGUGGGAAAUGUGGUGAAGAUGGUGCAAGUUCGAGGACGCGGUCGGGCGGAGGGGAGUCGGUGUUUCCUGAUCUCCAGUAGUAAGGAGCGCAUUGAAAAGGAACGCAUAAAUAUGUUUAAGGAGAAGAUCGUGGAGGAGGCCAUCAUCCAUCUGCAGAGCAACCCCACCAGCCUCAGCAACAAGGUGGACGUGUUGCAGAAGGACGAUAAAACCCGGAGGGAUCACAUCAGCGCCAGUCCCGAAAAACCCAAAACUCAGGGCAGCUACGAGCUCCUCUGCAGCAAGUGCAAGAGGUUUGCAUGCAUGAGCGACAACAUCAGAGUUGUGCAGAGCUCUCAUCACAUCGUUCUGGAUCGCUCAAUGUUCCAGCGCUGUACAACUGCUCCCCAUAAGAACCCAAAAGCCUUCUGUGGCUUCAAUAAGAAAGAGAAGAUGCUCUGUGCCGAAUGUAAACACGACUGGGGCCUCGUCGCCUCUUACACCACUAUCCAGGAUCUGCCGCUGCUGAAGAUCGAGAGUUUCGUCGUGCAGAAUUGCGUCACUCGCAAGCAGGAAUACUUCAGGAAAUGGCGUGACGUGACGUUUGCCAUCCGUGAGUUUGACAUGACGGAGAUCACGCCUGAAAUGUGCCGGCCGAGAGACUGAGAACGGCGAACUUUAGCACAAUGUCAUCUCACUCUAAACUGCAGGUGUUUUUUAAUGUGAUCAACUGUGAUUGUGUAAUCCAGAUAAACUGUAGUUUUACCAACCCAAAACUUUAGAAUCGAUUAGAAUCGUUAAUUACAGUUAGUCUCAUUAUUUUUGAUGUUACUUGGGCUUUUACUGCAAUUGACUUGUCUAUUUUUAUCUAUUGCAUUUUAACAUAUUUUAAACUUUUCCUGUAACUCAAACGA